CGGCGAGCCGCUGGGACGCACGGACUGACUGACCGCUCCCUGCGGGCCGCGCUGCGGAGGGGGUGCGGAUACCCGGCGUCCAAGGCCAGCCCCAGCCCUCCCCAUCCAGUCGCGCCCCGCCCCGUCCCGUCGGGGCCGAUGGCUCCUCCCGAGGCCCGCAGCCCGGGGGGCGCAGGGUAGAGCGCCGCGGCCAGGUCACUCAGCCCGGGGACUCCCGGGCCCUCCCGGAGCCCCGCGGAGUCCCCGCCGUCCGUUCGGCGGGCUAAAGGAGCGGUUGGGAGCGCUCUCCCCCCCGCCGCCCCCUCCCCCGAGCGUCGAGACAAGAUGCUGCCCGGGCUCCGGCGCCUGCUGCAAGGUCCUGCCUCAGCUUGCCUGCUGCUGAUGCUCCUGGCCCUGCACCCGGCGGCCCCCAGCUGCCCCAUGCUCUGCACCUGCUACUCGUCCCCACCCACCGUGAGCUGCCAGGCCAACAACUUCUCUUCAGUGCCGCUGUCCCUACCGCCCAGCACACAGCGACUCUUCUUGCAGAACAACCUCAUCCGCACACUGCGGCCUGGCACCUUUGGGCCCAACCUGCUCACCCUGUGGCUCUUUUCCAACAAUCUCUCCACCAUCUACCCGGGCACCUUCCGCCACCUGCAGGCCCUGGAGGAGCUGGACCUCGGUGACAAUCGGCACCUGCGCUCCCUGGAGCCUGACACCUUCCAGGGCCUGGAGCGGCUGCAGUCCUUGCAUCUGUACCGCUGCCAGCUCAGCAGCUUGCCAGGCAACAUCUUCAGAGGCCUCAUCAGCCUGCAGUACCUCUACCUCCAGGAGAACAGCCUACUCCACCUACAGGAUGACCUGUUCGCGGACCUGGCCAACCUGAGCCACCUCUUCCUCCACGGGAACCGCCUGCGGCUGCUCACAGAGCACGUGUUCCGCGGCCUAGGCAGCCUGGACCGGCUACUCCUGCAUGGGAACCGACUGCAGGGCGUGCACCGCGCGGCCUUCCGCGGCCUCAGCCGCCUCACCAUCCUCUACCUGUUCAACAACAGUCUGGCCUCGCUGCCGGGCGAGGCGCUGGCCGACCUGCCCGCGCUCGAGUUCCUGCGGCUCAACGCCAACCCCUGGGCGUGCGACUGCCGCGCGCGGCCGCUCUGGGCCUGGUUCCAGCGCGCGCGCGUGUCCAGCUCCGACGUGACCUGCGCCACCCCGCCCGAGCGUCAGGGCCGAGACCUGCGCGCACUCCGCGAGGCCGACUUCCAGUCGUGCCCACCCGCGGCGCCCACGCGGCCCGGCAGCCGCGCCCGAGGCAACAGCUCCUCCAACCACCUGUACGGGGUAGCUGAGGCUGGCGCGCCCCCCGCCGACCCCUCCACCCUCUACCGAGACCUGCCCGCCGAGGACUCGCGGGGGCGCCAGGGCGGGGACGCGCCCACCGAGGACGACUACUGGGGGGGAUACGGGGGCGAGGACCAGCGAGGGGAGCAGACGUGCCCCGGGGCUGCGUGCCAGGCGCCCGUGGACUCACGUGGCCCCGCGCUCUGUGCCCGGCUCUCCACCCCUCUGCUUUGCCUCCUGCUUCUAGCGCCCCAUCACCUCUGACUGCGGUGCUGAGACUGAAGAGGCCAGUGUUCAGUAUCCCCUUCUCUCCAGGCUGAGCUGCGGCUCUGGCCCCAUCCUCAUCCCCAUCCCCACCCACCACCCCUAGCCUGCUGACUUUUUUUUUGCCCUCCUUACUCCUCUCCUCCCUGGGAUCAGGCAGCCUCUCCUUGCCUUCUGGGCUCUUCUUGGCAGUCCCAAGAGGGUGUGUAUGGUGACUCGGUUUUACUCACCCUAAUUCUAGCCAUUAACUCUUCAUCCCCAUCCCAAAGCUGGGAUGGGAUACCCCAGGCAGCCGCUGACCCCCUCUCUCUAGGACCCACAGUGGACUCAGAGGGGCUUUGUCUGCAGAGCAUCUUCCACCAGCAGAGCCUUUGGAAGCUCCCCCCAGGGGAGCCCCACCCAGGACCCUUCGGAGGGAUGCCUCAGCGAGGGCCAGGCUGACCGUGGUCCCUGCUUAUCCUGGUCCCCUCAGCCUCCUGACACUGGAGGAAUACUUUUCUCCUAAGUCUACCCAGGACAUUUUUUAGGGCGCCUGGAGAGUGGGUUCCUCUCCAUCAUGGCCCCUGUGUGGUGAAGAUCAAAAGAAAUUGUUUGGGAAAAAAAUUUAUUAAAAAAUUCUAUUAUUUUAUCU